UAUGACUUACAAGGUGUCAUAAGUCUGGCCCAACAUCCGUUGUUCUUUUCCUCUUUGUGCGAUUCGAAAAUGCCCGAAGAAUCGCAAGACUCAGCUGCGGCCUUGCCAAACCACCAAUCAAAACCCAUUCAGAAGAAUUUGGAAUCGUGGAGAUUGACCGUUGUUAUUGGCUCUCUUUGUCUGGCCAUUUUCCUCCACGGUCUGGAUAUCAAUAUCGUGAGCGUUGCGAUACCGAAGAUAACCACCGAAUUCAACUCUCUUGAUGACAUUGCCUGGUAUGGCUCUUCAUAUUUGUUGACUGUCACAGCCUUCCAACCACUGUUCGGGAACCUGUAUAAGUACUUCCCCGUCAAGCCAGGGUACCUAGCAUCCAUCUUCAUAUUCGAGAUUGGCUCCAUCGUGUGCGCAGCUGCCCCCAGCUCGGCAGUCCUAAUUCUGGGUCGGUCAAUACUCGGUUUAGGCGCUGCCGGUCUUCUCCAAGGUGCUCUCGCAAUCAUCAGCCUCACCGUGAGACUUGAGAAGAUUCCACAGUAUCAGGGGAUUGUCAUUAGCGCUUUCGGAAUCAGCGUCUGCACGGGUCCCAUCAUCGGGGGAGCUUUGACCGAUCACACGAGUUGGAGAUGGUGUUUCUGGAUCAACGUUCCUGCGGGCUUCUUGGUCAUCCUUUUCAUCACGCUGUUUGUUAAAAUACAAGCGAAUGCAUCACAAGUCAACCAAAGUCUUCCCCUAUCCCAGAAGGUGAUGCAUCUUGAUGUGUUUGGGACUAUACUGUUCAUCGGUGGAAUAUGCUGUCUUCUUAUAGCGUUACAAACAGGCGGUAUUGAAGUUCCUUGGAAAAGCGCAAAACCAAUCGGCCUGCUUGUUGCAUUUUCGGUGAUCAUUACAGCAUUCGGUAUUCUUCAGUGGCACAGAGAUGAAUACGCGACAAUCCCACCGCGGGUUUUGAUGAAGAGAACUAUAUACACUGGCUCGUUGGUGUUAUUUUUCCUAGGCAUGUCUAGCACAACAUAUACGUACUACCUUCCCAUCUACUUCCAAUCUAUUCAAGGCGUGUCAGCUAUGGAAAGUGGUAUUCGUUUCAUCGCUCUGGUUGGUCCUCAGAUCGUAUUAAUCGUCGCCACGGGUGCGGUAGUCUCAAAAGUAGGGGCAUAUGUCCCUUUCAUCAUUCUCGGCAUUACUAUCGACUGCAUUGGCGGUGGCCUUAUCACUACCCUCGGCGUUGGCGCUUCUACCGUCCGAUGGGUCAUGUUUCUUGUGGUAAACGGUAUUGGCAUAGGAAUGGCACAGCAAAUACCUUACGCUGCUGUACAAGCAGUACUCGAUCCACUCGACGUCGCCACAGGUAACGCCAUUGCGGUGUUCUCAUUUCAGCUUGGUGGUGCUCUAGGAAUAGCGAUUGCACAAAACCUGUUCUUGAAGAUGUUGACCGAGGCAGUCCCCAUGUACGCUCCAGAUGUGCCUUUACAGAGGGUCAUUAACGCUGGGGCUAUGGGCUUGGAAGUACUUGCGCAAACCCCCGAGACGCUACUGGCUCUUAGGGAAGCAUAUGCAGAAGCGAUAAGAUCUACGCUCAUACUAGCUCUUGUAGCCGCCUGUGCAGCGUUCCCAUGCGCCUGGGGGAUGGAGUGGUUGAAUCUUCGCAAAGUUGCAGAGGCUAGGCGCAUAGAAAAGGAACUCGAUACGUUGGCACCACCGGAAAUCUCGAUUAAGUGCGGUAAGACAGAUGCAGAGCCGCCGUAACUUGUUUUUCUCGUAAACAAAAACAACGAGACUAUAUCAGUAGCCAUUUGCGAUUAUCAAAUAUGCCUCUGUCGCGAACAAGCAACGGUAGGCAGUGGCGCAUAAAUGUCGUCACUGCCGUCUCUCCAAUAUCCUGGAUAUUAGUGCUGCUUUUUG